UUUAGGGCUACGAGAGGGAGGGAAAAUUUCAUUCACAAAAGGCCAGAGCCAGAGCCAGAGGGCGGCGGCUGGCGGCGCUCUAAAAAAGAGAGCGAGAGAUCCCCUGCCGGCAGCCGGCCCUGCGCGGCUUCGCCUCUUCCCCGACGGUGGCCUCUCCAGUUCCUUACUAGUCUUCCCGGCGGCCGGCGUUGUGCCUACUCCACGCUCCUUGGUCCCCCGACGGGUGGCGCAUCUUCUCUUGUCUGGCUGUCUCCCUGGUUCUGUGCCGCCGUGGCACAGCAGGCUGCAGAUCCGGCCGGCAGGCAGAGGCUCCCAACGUCAGCUCAAGCAGAGGCCGGCAAGCAGCAGCAAGCACCAAGCGCAAGCUCAAGCAGACUACUGUCUGCAUCUGCACUCUACAGAAGCUUCCGGACGGCAAGACAUGGCAAACGUAGGUUCUUCAGACACCCCAACUCCAACUGACAGCAGCUCAAACCCAACGCCUAGUGUUCAGGUAGCAGUAGAAGCAAAGACAAGAAGAAAAACUGAUCCAGCAUGGGGUUAUUGUACACAAUUUACUGAAGAAGGAAAAAAGAAGAUCAAGUGCAUGUACUGUAACAUGGUUUUUGGUGGAGGCGGCAUCCAUCGCUUCAAGGAACAUCUAGCCCAUUACCCAGGAAACAGCAAGGCAUGUUCAAAGGUUGAUCCUGAGGUUCAACAUACUAUGUUACAGCAUAUCGAAGAAUGGAACGAUAAGAAGAGGAAGGCACAUGAGGAUUUUGAGGAAGACCACCCAUAUGGGCGAGAACCUGGAGAAGAAGAAGAAGCAGCAGCUUGUGAUGCCUCAAAGAGUGGUACAGCAGCCCCCCAACCUCACCGUGCUACAGCAAUCAGAGGAAGAAAAAGAGGCACUAGUACUCCUAGUAUUGGCAAGUACUUCAAGCCCAGAACCAAUCCAGGAGAUCAGCCUACAAUAAAUAGAGUGCUUCAAGGAGAAGCUGUGAAGCUAAAGACUGAUUUGUGUGUGACAAAAUGGUUUAUUGAUGCAUCUAUUUCAUUUAAUGCAAGUAAUUCAAUCUUUUAUCAGCCAAUGCUUGAUGCUGUGUGCACAUAUGGUUCUGGAUAUAAGGGGCCAAACUUCAAUCAGCUGCGUGGUCCAUUACUUGCAAAAUGUGUUAAUAACCGGACCGGUCAUCGAACCGGUGAGAGCCUCGAUUCAAUGUUUCAUUGGUUCAACCGUUAAAAAACCAUUGAACCG